AUGGCAAAUAGGGACGAAGACCAACUACUCCAGGAUGCGUCGACGCUACUAAUGUUUGCAAAUGCAGCAGCCCGACAGCAGCUGAACCAGGGCUCGCCCAAGGAGGCUGUUCAUUCGCCUCCUUCUACCUUGGAACAACAGGUGCAACUGCAAACGAAAUCGCAACGGCAGCCGCAACCGCAACCGGCUUUGCAUGGAGGAAAUCAACAGCCGUUGCAAAUACCACUUGUGCCCCAAGCUCAACAACUACCGCAGCACUCGUCUCCUCAGUUUUAUGGUCCUUCGCAAGUCCAACAAGUCCAACAAGUCCAACAAGUCCAACAAGCGCCGCAAGCUCCACUGUCAGCACACCCACAUGUACCACCAGAAACGCAACAAAUGCCAUCAUUCAAGCCACAGCCCACAUCCGCACCAAUAACUCCUGGCAUUUUCAGUAACCGUCGUGAUUUGCGCACGCUGAUGCCGGACAUUUACAACCCAGCGCCUACUUUCAUUACACACACAGUGGACACGGUUGCAAGUUCAGUUCAACAACAACAUCAAAAACAAGUCGUCCAUCCAAACGAAACAAAGCCAAAGACUCUCAAAAAGGCUCCUCGCAAAAGCUCCAUCAAUAAAUUAAUGAACACGCCCGAACCUCAGAAACCAGAAGACAACACUCCCACGCCGUCAGUGCCCACGCCGUCAGUGCUGUCAGUGUCAUCAAUGCCGUCACAGCCGCCGGCGCCUUCUGCUACUGCGCAAACUUCCCGAAAGACGGUGUCACCUCCUGCAACCAAAGCAAACACCUUCAAAAAGACCCACGAGCGAAGCCGCUCAACGCUGGACCCUUAUGUCUCAAAGGUGCAACUAAAGAACCCUUUAUCGCCAGCAACAAGAUACGAGAGAGGUAUUGAUAUCAGAACCAGGGAGAGGGAUACGAAUAAUGCGGUCAUUGCCGCUGCCGCAUUAACGGCGGCAGCAGAUAUACCGUUCCCACUAAAAUCUACGCUGUCAGCUCCUGCUUCUGUUACUGUCUCCAAGACAGAAAUUCCAACCGCUUCGCAAGAUGUAGUACUGCAAGCGGUGUCAGCAGAGCCAUCUGUACCAUCAGUAUCAGCAGAACCAAAGGUGACAUCAGUGUCACCUAAGCAAGCUACCGCGGAGGAGGAAAAAAGCAAUGUCAGGCAUGAGGCUUUCAAAGAGACAACCCUCAAUCUGAAAGUCAAAGUGGUAAAGUUUGAAGCCCCUCCUCUAUCCAGUUAUCAGGUAGACCCAGAUUCGGGAUUGAUUGGAUGUAUUUGUGGCAUUGAAGAUGACGACGGUUUCACCAUCCAGUGUGAUAUCUGCUUCCGUUGGCAGCAUUGUGUUUGCAUGGGAUAUGAAAAUGGAGACGAAGUGCCUGAGGAUGAAUACAAGUGCUACUAUUGCGAUCAAGAGAAAUGGGGUAGAUUCGACUCCCAGGCGGCAAGAGAAAAGACUGUGAGACGACUAGAAAGCGAACGGGUUGAACAAGAGGAGAGGGAAGUUGAGUCAAGAAACCAGGCAAAACAAAAACUGCAGUCUCCAAAGCCGGCUCAGGAGAGUCCACCUAGUAUUCCUCCUCCUCCUCUUCCUAACAACAAAAGAAAGCUGCUGAGCUCAGAGAAGGGAGAAAAAAAGAGGAAAACAGAUGAAAAACUUGUGGUGAAAACCGCGGUAGGCAGCGGCGGCGGCGGCAGCAACAACAACAAUAACAAUAAUAACAACAAUAACAGCAACAACCUUCCACAGUCUCCAGAACUGAAACAGGAAACGGAGGAAGUACCAAACAAGACAAACGAACUAUUAGAAGACGGUGUCACUGCCGAGGCUUACCAAGCAAACUAUUACAACUUGAAGGAGAAUGACUACAAGACAAAGUUUGUCAAGGCGACAAUAAUCAACGCCGGGGUUGAUCUCAACAAUGCUUUCAUCGAGUUGCCCAAAUCAGACCAGGCAAAGAAACGAUUCAAGGAUGUUGAGAUCAUGUCGCUAAGUCAGUUUAAGUCCACCAGGUUCAGCAAACUCGUUCGGCCCAGGUACCAAAAAUACUUGGAAGACCACAACAAGUCGAUGAAGAAGAAGAAUUUCAACAAGACCAAGAUUGAGGUGAAGCCAUACACGGAUAAUUUAAAGCACAAGUUUAACGGGAUUUCAAAAUUGUCGUUGUUCAUCACCACCACUGACGAGUCGCUAGUUAUUCCAGAAAACACCCCUAUAAUUGAAUACCUUGGCGAGAUUGGGUUGUUUAGGGACUACUGCCGCGACAAAGUGAAUCAAUACUCUUUGUGGGGCACGACCAAGCCCAAGGUGUUGAAGACGACGAUACCAGGCAAGGAGAAAUCAAUAGACUUGGUUUUGGACUCGCGGUUUGUUGGAAAUGAAAGUCGUUUUAUACGCAAGUCGUGCUUGUCCUCGGUGAAUUGCGAAAUCCAGACUGUUUAUAUACCGGAACAGAGCAGAUUUAAAUUCAUCGUUGUGACGUCACGACCGAUUGUGUUGAAGGCAGAACAUGCAGACGAAGAAUUGAGGCUCCCCUGGGACUGGGACACUCAACACCCUAUUUUGAAAUUGUACGAGAACAACAGCCUGGAGAAGUUUGAAAACUUGACCAACGAGGAAAAAUCUGCAUUGAUCACCUAUGUAGACAAUAUCUUGCAUUUUGUAGAGUGUGGGUGCUCGACAAACUCGAAUUUCAACAAUUGUGCCAUUUUCAAAAUCAAAAAGGCGACUAGUUACUUGAUGAGGUCUACUAGGAAAGCGUCGAGUAUCAGCAAUAUCAACUUGAGUAAAUCAAAAGAUGAGUUGGUCUUGCCUCGGCCUGCCAAAAAAUACGUUAGCUGGGAUGAGAGAAUGAAGCAACGAAACGUGGACUUGCAGGCAAAGUUGCUUUCGAGAAAGCCGAGCGUGGAGAAGGAAAACAACAAUAGCAAUAACAAUAAUAAUGUAACUGAUGUCACAGAAGUUGCCGAAGAGGAAAUGGAUGCAAAACCAGCGGGAUUAUUCAAGCAUCCCUACAAGCAGGAGCUACUAAUGCAAGUCAGGAACGAGAAAUAUGCAAUGAUGACGCCCUUGUCAAAAAACUACCAAGAGGAAAGCCACGAUGUGAAAGUAGCAGACGAAAACGCCGAGUUUAUCCCUAUACCUAUUGUUCCUGAACUCAAAGCCAAGAUAGAGGCCGAGUUGAACGAAACUUUGGUUGCACUAGAGUCCAACAACCCAGAGAAGGCCGCUGAUCUACAUGACAAUGUGUUGAAUGAUAAAACCAACACUUCCGAUCUCAAUGCUGGGGGAAGUAUAUUCCAUCGCGAUAGCACCAGCCGACAAAGCUCGAUUUCAAAAGCAGAAGACGCAAGCACCCUUCACACGACACCCAAAUCUGACACGGUCAGUGCACAUGUGAAGCCAAAGCCGGUCAAGAAGUUGUCCUUUGCUGACUACAAGAAGAAAAUGAAGUAG